UAGUAAGAAUCAAUGGCCGCUGAGAAACAAGUCGUAUACCGUGUACGCCCCAACUUAGCGACAAAGAUAAUUUUAUUGGAGGGUCUUAGAAUACGAAGGGCCAAGGCAUUCAUUUGAAAAUCUUGGCAGGUUCGAGAGAAGUAUAUAAAUAGCCAACGUCAGUCAUUAUGCUACGUUUUCGCCCUUUCUGCGACUGUUGAGAAUUCGGUCAGAGAAGAGUCGAGAGGAAACACCGAGAGAGCGAGAAAGAGAGAGAUGGGGAGGACCCGGUGCUUUCUGGACAUAAGCAUAGGAGGAGAGCUGGAAGGGAGAAUGGUAGUGGAGCUUUACAACGAUGUGGUGCCCAAAACUGCCGAGAACUUUAGGGCCCUCUGCACUGGCGAGAAGGGCAUUGGUAACAAUACCGGUGUUCCCCUCCAUUACAAGGGAAGCCGUUUUCAUCGUGUUAUCAAAAGCUGUAUGGUACAAGGUGGAGAUAUCUCUGCUGGUGAUGGUACUGGAGGAGAAUCUAUCUAUGGUUUGAAAUUUGAAGACGAGAAUCUUGAAUUAAAGCAUGAAAGGAAAGGAAUGUUAUCUAUGGCUAAUACUGGCCCUAAUACAAAUGGGUCUCAGUUUUUCAUCACGACAACUCGAACUUCUCAUCUAGAUGGAAAACAUGUUGUGUUUGGAAAGGUAAUAAAAGGGAUGGGAGUAGUGAGAUCAAUUGAGCAUGUUACGACUGAUGGCGACCGUCCUAUUGCUGAAGUUCUAAUUGUGAACUGUGGAGAGAUUCCUGAAGGGGCAGAUGAUGGAAUGGCUAAUUUUUUCAAAGAUGGUGAUACUUAUCCUGAUUGGCCAGCUGACCUUGAUGAGAGUCCUAACGAUAUCUCCUGGUGGAUGAAUGCUGUUGAUUCUGUAAAGUCUUUUGGAAAUGAACAUUACAAGAAACAAGACGUUAAGAUGGCUCUUAGAAAGUAUCGGAAGGCUUUACGCUAUCUAGAUAUCUGUUGGGAGAAAGAAGGGAUUGAUGAAGAGAAGAGUUCAUGUUUGAGGAAGAUGAAGUCACAAAUUUUCACUAACAGCUCCGCUUGUAAGUUGAAAUUUGGGGAUCUGAAAGGAGCAUUGUUAGACACAGAAUUUGCAAUGCGUGAUGGAGACAACAAUGUGAAAGCCUUGUUCCGCCAGGGUCAGGCAUACAUGGCCCUUAAUGACGUUGAUGCUGCUGUGGAAAGCUUCAAAAAGGCAUUAGAUUUGGAGCCAAAUGAUGGUGGAAUAAAGAGAGAGUUAUUUGCUGCUAAGAAGAAGAUUGCAGACAGACGUAAUCAGGAGAGAAAGGCCUACAGCAAGAUGUUCCAAUAGGCUUUCGACCGGUUAUGCCAAGAAACUGUGGAAAACAACCGGAUCUCUCACACCAAAAUACAAUUAUACAAAAUUGAAGAUUGAACCGAUUCAUAGACUUUUCAUAGGAAUGUGGCCUUUAAUCUAGAACUGGCUGACGCUGAUGAAUUGUCUCCUCGGUGUACAUUUAAUCUAAAAAAUUUUGUUUACAUAAUCCUGCGGACAUCCAUCAAGUUUACAAUUUAGACAUGAAAAUCAAACUAGAUUACCUAA